AUGUCGCAUCUGGACCUGAUUGGCAGCAAGAAAAGGAAGAAAGGAGAGAGGGUUUUCAGAUUCAAGAGCUUUGGUGAGCCUGGUUACCCUGUUGAGUUUGUAGGGCCUUUUCGAGAAAAUGUGAAAGCCCUUCUUGAAUUUGGGCAUUUGGAGAGUAGUAGUAGUAGUAGCUCAUGCAGGGAAAUGCCAAGCUGGUCUUUUCUGCUUGAACUCCAUCGCCACCCUCCUGUCCAAAUCCUUCUCUUUGUUAUUGAAGAACCUGUUGAAGCUUCCCUCAAUCCUUACUGCAAGCACUGCCAAUACGUAGGGUGGGGGCACCAUAUGAUUUGCAAUAAGAAGUACCACUUUGUGUUGCCUUCCAAGGACACGGCCGGGGCUGCAUAUUUGAGCUGCAAAGGCAAUGAGGCAGGUCCAGCCAAUAUUUGUGGUAAGUCAAAUAAUUUUGUGGAAUCGCAGGACCAUCUAAUGCAUGGUGUCUUUCAUUCUAAUGGCUUCGGCCAUUUGCUCCGUGUUAAUGGGGUUGAAAUGGGCUCUGACUUGGCUGGCCACCAUAUUAUGGAUUUCUGGGAUCGUUUGUGCACCGGAUUGCGAGCCAGGAAAGUGAGCUUGAAUGACAUUUCACACAAGAGAGGCAUGGAAUUAAGGCUACUACACGGAGUAGCAUACGGUGAGUCAUGGUUCAGCCGGUGGGGUUACAGAUUCGGGCGUGGAACCUUUUGUGUCACUCAACCAAUGCACCAAAAGGCAAUAGAAGCAGUUCAAGGCAUCCCCUUGUGCCUACUAAUCCACCACCUCGGCACUAUUAAUUCCAACCACGACAUCCCCAUCAUCUUCUCCAGAUAUCAAGCCUUAUCAGACCACUCCUUGAUCAACCUCGGCGACCUCUUCAACUUUAUGCUAGAGCUCAAGGCCCGUUUGCCUAAGGAAAAUUGCUUGGACACCUAUAACCCUGGAAUCCUUGUGGAAACCACUUGUAGGUGGUCGCCCAAGAGGGUUGAAAUGGCCACUCGGGUGAUCAUUGAAGCUCUCAAGCGGGCUGAAUUCCGGUGGGUUUCCAGGCAGGAAGUAAGGGAUGCUGCCCGUGCCUACAUUGGUGACACGGGUUUACUAGAUUUUGUGCUAAAAUCAUUGGGAAAUCACAUUGUGGGAAAUUACUUGGUUCGUCGGAGCUUAAAUCCUGUGACAAAAGUUCUUGAGUAUUGUCUAGAAGACGUGUCCAAUGUGUUGCCUAGUCAUCAUCAAGAGGGUUUUGUCGUGACCAAUCCAAAAGUUAAGGCACGGUACAAGAUCACUAGGGCACAAUUGAUGAAAGACAUGUUCAAUUUGUACAAGUGUAUUCUCAAAGACCACCAAAAGCCAGGGAAUAUCUUAUCAUCUAUACCGGUGGCUGCCAGGAUAAUCCUCGACUCCAAAUACCUUAUCAAAGAGUACUGUGGAGAGCUGCCUUUGAAAGUUGAAUUGGGGUUCCAGGGAAAGCUAAAUCUUUACUCUACUGUUCUUCUAAGAAGCAGCGAUCAAGAGGGUACUGGUGAAGGUGCUGCAACAAACAAAGCCAUGCCUCCAUAUGAGUGUGUCACGUUGAAAAACAAUGCAACCAUUGAUGAACUGAAGAAAGAAGUCCAAGCCAACUUCAGGGAAAUGUAUUGGGGAUUGAGAAGCCUUGUUGUGGAAUCUGUGCUGAAUUUGAAUGCCAGGGGGACAGAUUUGGUGUUCGGGCUGGUUGAAGUGGGUCGCAAGCUUGUGUUUGAGGGGAGCAGCAAAGAGCAUGGAAUUAUGAAGAGGCAAAUAUAUGAAUUUGGUCCAAAUUCGAAUAAUAAUAUUCAUUGUGCUUGUGGAGCCAAAGAGGAUGAUGGGGAGCGAAUGGUAUCAUGCGAUAUAUGCGAAGUUUUGCAGCAUACCCGGUGUGUUGGGAUUCCAGAUAAUGAAGAAAUUCCACAUAUAUUUUUAUGCAACCGAUGCGAGCAAGAAAUUGUACUCUUACCUAAUUCUCUACCAUAG